GGCCGUGUCUCCCCCCGAGAGAGAGCUCCCUGGGGGAGUGAGUGCAGAGGCGGCCGCGGUCCUGCGCGGGUGUGAGCUGUGCUCAGGGCUCGCUCUGCGGGCAGGACGACCCCCCCCGCGCCCGGGAGCUGCAGCGCUUGGGGGCCGAGUCUAUUUCGGGCCCUGCUGGGGGAGUGGCCAGAGAAGGUGUUGAAAGCCCGAGUCAGGGAGGGAGCGGGCAGGACAUUCCUCUCGGCCAGUGUGAGCAGCGACCCCGGAGAGCAUGGAGAGCGUCGAGGUGUUCCAGUCGGAGGGCAAGGGCCGCGGGCUGAGGGCCACCCGGGAGCUCUGGGCCGGAGACGUGCUGUUCGCGGAGCCCAGCUUCGCCGCCGUGGUGUUCAACAGCCUCACGCAGCUCGUCUGCCACACCUGCUUCGCCCGCCAGCCCAAGCUCCAGCGCUGCGGGCAGUGCAAGUUCGCCCACUACUGCGACCGCACCUGCCAGCGGGAGGGCUGGGCCGAGCACAAGGGCGAGUGCAGCGCCAUCAAGAAGUACGGCCAGACGCCCAACGAGAACGCCAGGCUGGCAGCGAGGGUGCUGUGGCGCAUCGAGCGAGAGGGCAGCUCUCAGGCCGAGGGCAGCCUGACCUCCCUGGACGAGCUGGAGGACCAUGUGGCCGACAUGCCUGAGGAAGACAGGAAGGAACUGAAAAUCGAUGUCCACAACUUCCUGGACUACUGGCCGCCCCACAGCCGCCAGUUUGGAGUGGAGUACAUCUCACACAUCUUCGGCGUUAUUAACUGUAACGGAUUCACGGUCAGUGACCAGCGUGGGCUGCAGGCAGUGGGCGUUGGACUGUUUCCCAACUUGUGUCUGGUCAACCAUGAUUGCUGGCCCAACUGCUCUGUUAUUCUCAACAAUGGCAAUCAUGCAGCAGUGAACUCAUUGUUUCACACCCAGAUGAGGAUCGAGCUGCGCGCCCUGGGGAAGAUCAGCCCUGGAGAGGAGCUCACAGUCUCCUACGUGGACUUCCUGAGCGUCGGCGCAGACCGGCGCAGACAGCUGCGGCAGCAGUACUUCUUCGAGUGCUCCUGUGAGCACUGUGCCAAGGGCAUCAAGGACGACCUCAUGAUGGCCGUGAAGGAGGAGGAGGGCAAGAAGCCCCCGGAGGAGGUGGUGAAGGAGGUGCUGGAGUUCAGCCAGAAGGCUCUGGAGAAGAUUGAGAAAGAACGCUCUGAGGGCAACUACCAGGAGGUACAGCACCCCUGCCCCCAGCAGAUCACACCGCGUCCCCGGGUGCAAGGUUCAAGACAAUACCAGCAGGAUUUCGAUAUGGCCCUUCAACUUGUACUGUAAAUUCAAAAUGAGGCCCUUGCUAAAUUGAAGCGUUAUGAGGCAGCAGCAGUAACUGCAGUGUCUCCAUGCUGCCCCCUAUCCUUUCUAUUAACUAAUAUUUCUCACAGGAAGCUGUACCACCCCAACAACGCCCAGCUGGGCAUGGCGACGAUGCGAGCAGGGGUGACACACUGGCACGCAGGGCUGAUUGAGGUGGGGCACAGCAUGAUCUGCAAGGCCUACGCCAUCCUGCUGGUCACGCAUGGCCCCACCCACCCCAUCACCAAGGACCUGGAGGCGAUGCGCAUGCAGACGGAGAUGGAGCUGAGGAUGUUCCAGCAGAACGAGUUCGUCUACUACAGCAUGAGGGAGGCGGCGCUGAAGAACCAGCCCAUGAAGAUGAUGGCCGAGCCCACGCAGGAGGCGCUCAAGAUGAUGUUCCGCAGGAAAUAGUCCCUCCCCCCCCCCAUGCCCAGCCAGGGCUGACCUCCUUCACACCUCCAGGCCCGCUGGACCAGAAGCCCACAGCCGCACCGUGACGCUCUGGCCAGGCUAGAGGACGAGACCUGCGCCCUGCGAGCCAGAUCCUGUGCUCCAGCCCCGAGGGCUGGCUGCUGUCACGUUCCUGCUUGAAAUAAAGAUGGUUCUCACUUGC